GGGAGAGUAUCGGAGCUUGUGAGAGAAAGGGGGAAAGAGAAGAAAAAAGGGGGGGGGGCAUACUGAGAGAGCGAAAGAAGGAGGGAGCUUCUGGGAGCAAUUCUGGACUACCGCUCAAACACUGCAGUCUUUCUUUUGCUUCUCUGAGGAAACAGGGUUACCCUUCUUGCUGCCUAACGCUCCUUCUUACUUCUUCCGUGGCUGCGUUGCUAUGACCCUGAUGGACACCUUGAUCUCCUCACCCACCUAGAGAAGAGGAGAAACGAGCUGUAGCGGAGAAGGGAGAAACAAGAGGAAGCGAAACCACACACUUUGUCUCUGUGAUGAGAGUCUGGAAAUUAAUUACCUACCGUCAGCACAGAGGGGGAAGCGCAGAGAGGUGCACAGUUAAUAGAAUAACUGAGAGUUGAAGAGGGUGACUUUGUAGAUGUGUGAAGAACAGGCUGUGGCGAGGCGCAGAGAAACCCCUAGGCACUUCUCAGAAACAAAAAGGGACAAGUUUGGGUCGUCGCGUGAAGUGAGGAGGAAAUUAGGCAAGGCUGUAACUCCACAGGGAUACUAAUUCAAGAAGCCAAAGAACUGUCCAAUCGCAAGCAUCCUUCAUCUUUUCAUUUUUCUUUCCAACCUUCCUCUUAAAUCCAUAACUACAUCCCUAACUCUCAUCUCCUUGCCUUGUUUUAGUUCUUUUUUUUGCAUGUCAGCAAAAGCACAUCAUCAGCCACAUUCACAUGCUGAAUGCUCAGAUGCACCUAAGACUAAUAGCGCAGCGUUGUAUUCUCAGAAAUAGAUGUGUCAUCUGCUGCUGAGUAAAAAGUUGAUUUAGCUAUAUUAGAGGUGUCAUUACUUGCUGGACAGGAGCACCCACUCUGGAAUCUCUUGUGAGACCAGGUAGGACAUUUCUGGAUCAUUUUGGGUACUCCAAGCAGGUGGGGAUGUGUUAAGCUCUCCAGUUGUUCACCUGAUUGAAACGUUAUGAGAUGAAACUGCAGACCGGCUUAUCUCUCAGAGCACGGCACCUGUGUUUGAGGGAUUAUGCUAAGGGAAAUAGGGAUGUGCAGCUGUACUUGUGCAUCGCAAGACAGUGUCCGGAAUACAAUGAAUUACACAGGUGGUGUCGCCAGAAUGUGCAAGGUCUCCUGCUCAAUGUAAUGACUCUAAAAGAUUAAAGACAACUCAAUUGGGGUGACACAUUUUCUUCAAUAGAUUAAUUUAGAUCAAGUGCAACCUCAUUUAUGAUAUAAUUAAUCCAGCAUUGCUAGGAUUUGUCAGGGGGGUCAUACUUAUCUUAAAAUCCAUUUCUCUGUUCUUGGAGGAGUAAGUCAUAGUACCUCGUAGUGAACUUGCCUCAGAACUGAAGCACACAGAGUGACUAUUAAGACUUUCUAAAGACUAAUUGUGCUUCCACAAUGAGACGCUCAAGCACAGAUGAGACUCCGUACCGACGCAGUCCAUCUCUGGACAGCAAACCUGACACUCCGCCCUUCACUUCUGGUUUUCACCGAUUCAGUGGAGAGUUUGAGUAUAAGAGACCUCCUUUUGCUUUCGGCUUCCACACAACAAAGGGGCCAAAGAACUCCAACGGGCGCUACGCCCAGGGGAAGAAGUAUGUGGUGUUUUACCUGGACCUCUCCUUCAUAUUCCUUCUAGAACUGCGGCGCUGCAGGAUGGCUGAGGGUUGCAUGAUGGCCCUACGCUAUGGAAUGGUCUUCUUCAACCUCCUUUUCUGGUUGGGAGGAUGUGGCAUCCUGGGGGUCGGAAUAUGGCUCUCAGUGACCCAGGGAAACUUUGCCACACUGUCAUCAUCCCUUCCUUCUUUGUCGGCAGCCAAUCUGCUCAUCGCAGUGGGGACAAUCAUCAUGGUGAUCGGAUGUCUGGGCUGCGUGGGAGCUGUCAAAGAAAGCCGCCCUCUGCUGCUGGCGUUCUUUAUCCUUCUCCUGCUUAUCUUUUUCCUGGAAAUUAUCUCCAUCAUGCUUUUCUUCAUAUACCAAGAUGAGAUUGAUCGCUAUGCUCAGAGGGAUUUGAAGAAGGGCCUACAGCUUUUCGGCACUGAAGGCAACGUGGGUUUGACCAACGCCUGGAUGAUCGUGCAGACUGAUUUUCGUUGCUGUGGAGUCACCAACCACACAGACUGGUUUGAGGUUUAUAAUGCCACCCGAGUCCCAGACUCCUGCUGCCUGGAGUACAGCGACAACUGUGGACUGGACAACCCAGGAACUUGGUGGACUGCACCAUGUUACGAGCGAGUAAAGGACUGGCUAAACGACAACCUGGUGGCACUUUGGAUCUUUGCUCUAUGCACAGCUCUCACUCAGAUCCUGGGUCUGGUCUUCUCUAUGACAAUGUUCUGCCAGGCAGUGAAAGUAGAGACUUUUUACGCCUAGCGAUCGACUCCUUUGCCCUUCAGAGUGCUUGGAUUGUUUCUCAUCUAAAAGGGACUCAUAAACCUCCCAACCUUGCGUCCUCCACUUUCUCCAUUGAAAAACUUUUUUUUCCUAAGCUUGUCCUCUCUAUGACAUUUGCUCUCAGAUGUCACCAGUUCACAGUGCUCCUGCUAUCGACCAGCGCAGUGUCAGUGUUAUCUCUCAUUCAUGUUUUGCUCCGUGUUAAAAGCUAAUUUUUUGUGAUAUAUUUUAUCAAACAGUAUUAUGAACAUGUAUAAAACAAACGUAACCCUUUUUUAAAUAUGUGUUUUGUUUAAAUUAUUUUCAGGUUUGUAUGUGUUUUAAAAAUAGGAGCUUCAGCUGAGAAAAGCGCACUGGGUUUUGUGAUGCAAGUGCAUGUCUCCUGCGAUGAUGUGAAUUAAAUGUUUUGACUCGACAGA